GUUCACAGCCCCCAAAAUUGUCAUUGAUCGGUCCCUUUUGUUUUUUGUUUUCUCGUUUUAGGGUUUCUUCUUCUUUUUCUCAAUUUCACCCAAAUUAAAUCUUUCUUCAGAGAGAGAGAUUUACAAAAAUUUAAUUUCCCCAAAUCCGAAACCCAAAAAAUUUAUUUCUUUCCUUCUGGGUUUUGUUUUCUUCUUCUUCUUCUUCUUCUCGAUUCUUUCAAAACAUUCGUCCUCAGAUUCUGAUUUUGACCGGAGAAAUUCAUAUUCUCCGGCGACUCUGAAGCUAUAAUAAAUCCAAUUCUCCGGCGACAUCGUCUGUGAAACAUGGAGGGAAUCACUCAUCCUAUACCUCGUACUGUUGAAGAGGUCUUUAGCGACUUCAGAGGUCGACGAGCUGGUCUUAUUAAAGCCCUCACUAACGAUAUGGUGAAGUUUUACCAAACGUGUGAUCCUGAGAAGGAGAACUUGUGUCUCUAUGGGCUUCCUAAUGAGACAUGGGAGGUUAAUCUCCCCGUCGAGGAAGUUCCUCCUGAGCUUCCUGAACCAGCUUUAGGCAUCAAUUUCGCUAGAGAUGGCAUGCAAGAAAAGGACUGGGUUUCUUUGGUUGCAGUUCACAGCGAUUCUUGGCUUCUUUCUGUUGCAUUUUACUUUGGUGCACGUUUUGGAUUUGGUAAGAACGAGAGGAAGAGGCUGUUCCAGAUGAUUAACGAGCUGCCAACCAUCUUCGAAGUUGUGACCGGCAAUGCAAAGCAGUCCAAGGAACUAUCUGGUAACAACAACAAUAGCAAAAGCAAAUCUAGUGGCGUCAAGUCUCGCCAAACGGAAUCUGUCACAAAGGUUGCAAAGAUGCCAUCGCCACCACCAAAAGAUGACGAUGAAAGUGAAGACGAGGAAGAAGACGAUGAACAAGGUGCUGUUUGUGGCGCUUGUGGAGACAGCUACGGUACAGAUGAGUUCUGGAUUUGCUGCGAUGCAUGUGAGAAAUGGUUCCAUGGGAAAUGUGUGAAGAUAACACCUGCAAAAGCAGAAAACAUCAAGCAUUACAAAUGCCCAAGCUGCAGUAACAAGAGAUCCAGACCUUGAAGUUCAAUAAUCAAAUUGAAAAAGGUAAACCGAGUUAGGAGAAAAUUGUGAAAGAAGGACAUGAAGGCUCCCAGUUUAUAAGAAAUUGCCAGUAAAAGGGACUUAGAAGAUGUAAGAAGGUUAAAAAAUAAGAUACUUCUUUUUUACUCUGUUUGCUUAGUCUUUUAUUGUGGGUUUAAGACUAUUUAUAAUUUGUUUAUGUCUUUUCAUUUCUUCUUUUUUUUUUUGGAUUUUUUGUUGUUGUUAAUGUUAAUUCUACUAGUACUAAAUUGUUUGGUCUGUUUAAGAUAUUAUUUUAGUUUGAUCAGUAAUUUGCAAAAAUUGUGAAACUGUUAUGUGGUU